AUGAGUAUGAAUCCAGCAGCACGAUCGGCACGCUUACCACCAGAAGUCAAUCGAGCUUUGCUCGUAAGAAACCUUCCCUUCAAAAUCACAGCAGAAGAAAUGUACGAUGUGUUUGGAAAGUACGGGCCGAUCCGUCAAAUUCGAGUUGGAAAUGCGUCUGAUACUCGAGGCACAGCAUUUGUGGUUUAUGAGGAUAUCUAUGAUGCUAAGAAUGCAUGCGAACACCUGCAAGGUUUCAACAUCCUGGGACGAUACUUGAUUGUGCUCUAUUAUCAACAAAACAAGGUGACCAAGAAGAUGAAUCUACAAAAGAAGGAGGAAGAGUUACGGGAACUCAAGACGCGAUAUGGUGUCGGCGACGAUUAG